GAAACCCUAAAUAAGCCUCAUUUACAACUGGCCAAUGAAUUAUAUUCUGCACAAGAACUUUUUGGUAUAUGAUUAUAUUUACCGAUUUAAAUCUGUCGGUAAUCAGUUAUCAGGAGAUAGAUUCAUAAGAAAAACAUGGUACCUUCAAAAUGGUCCUUCAUGACGAGUCUUUUAUUAAUUCUUUUCUCAACUGUCUACAGCCUUUCUACGAAAGACAAAAACGCAGCUAACUAUGGCCUUGCAAUUGGAAAAGGGAUAGCUGAUCUGCUUGAAAAGAGAGAUUUUGCAAAGUCUUUAACAAUGAUCGGGAAAAGUAUUGGUCCCUACCUUGGCGCAUUAGGUCCCAUCGUAGGGGUCAUCAUGGCGUUCAUCCCAUCCGAGUCUGCUGAGUUAGCUUUCAUGAAAAAAAUGAUGAAGGAGAUCGACACACGCUUGGAUCAUAUAGAUAAUCGAUUUAACGAUAUCGAACGACUGAUUGAAUGGAGUGUUGUUAAAGUCAACUUCGGGCAAAUAGAACAAAAUAUAAAAGUAGUGUCGCGUGAGUUUCAAUAUAUUUACGCUGUUCCGCAGGCUGCAGUGGAAAACAGGAAGGUGCUUUAUCUUUCGAGAUAUGAUAAUGAUUAUCAAAAUAGUGGCACCAAAUUGUAUGAUGUCAUUGUCGAAAAACAAGGUCUAUUUCAAGAAGAUCUUGGUACUUCCGUCAUGCGUUAUACCAAAAUUGACCGCAGAAAGACGCAGUUAUUUCUUCUCGGUGUUAUGCAACUUCUCUUGCAAGCUGUAAAAGUAGAAUUAGGCUAUCUUCUAGUUAAACAAUAUACACACAACGCACAUUUUAUGCAGUUGGAUUGGGAAAAUAGAAUACAGAAAGUGCGAAGGAAGUUCGAGGAAAUUGACAACCAGUGCGUAGUAAAAUAUCACACUCAAUCCGGAAAUGAUAUUGACGAAUAUUCUUCCGCAAACAAAGAUCUGACGAAUAGGCAAUUUGCAAAUGGACUAUUAAAUCUCCUUCGCGGAAAAUACGACUGGAGGGACUGGGUUGUUAUCGCCUAUGACCCAGUAAAGGGCGGUGACAAACAUUGGAUUGGGGUCAGUGGAGGACACAUGAAAUUUAGGAAAGAUGGAAGAAACAUAGUAGUGGCAAGUGUAGACAAGAGCCAUUCAGUCAUGGAUUUAGCAAGAGCUGAACUGGAAAUGAAAACAGUAUCCACGACAAAGAAGAAUUGGUGGCACGGAAUCGUGGCUCGAGCGGCAAAAGAUAUUUUUUACUCCUUAGAUAAACGAGGUGCCUCAUUGGUUAGUGUUAUAAGGUCUGACGAGGAUGCAAAUUACUUUGGUGACUCUUUGAGAGCGAAAUUCGUCCGCAGAGCGCCUUAUUAUGAGCUUCUGAUGUGGGGCUGAAAGAUUUUUAUAGGUGUACACGGAGUGGUAUUGUCACUCGUAUGAUUAAAUUAAAUCUAUAAUUCAAUGUAUUUGUUAUUACCAUUCAUUUAUUUUGCAAUGACAAUGUACGUCUUUGAAUACGUUGCGUUCAGUCUGUAUAUUUACAACAAAAAAAACAACAACAUUUGUAUGAUACUAUUAUUUAUAUUAUCUUUUAAACACUUCUCGAUACAGUUUUGAAAAUUAAAUAAUGAGCUCAG